AUGUCUGGACGUGGAAAGAAACCCGCAGGGGCUGGCAAAUCUGGAGCUCCACUGAAAACCAAAUCAGCCAAGGCUGGUCUGCAGUUCCCCGUGGGCCGUGUCUACAGGUUCCUUAAAAGAGGGAACUAUGCUGACAGGAUUGGUCCUGGUGCUGCCAUCUACAUGGCUGCGGUGCUGGAGUACCUGAGCGCCGAGAUCCUGGAGCUGGCAGGGAAUGCUGCACAGGAAAACAAGAAAUCCAGGAUCCUGCCCAGGCACAUCCAGCUGGCUGUGAGAAAUGAUGAUGAACUGAGCAAGCUCUUCUCCUCUGUGACCAUUGCUCAAGGAGGAGUUAUGCCAAAUAUCCAUUCCGAGCUCCUUCCCAAGAAAACUGUCAGAGAUGCUGUUCCUUCUCAGGAGCAAGGUGGUAGCCAGUGA